ACCUUACCAAGUUUCACAUGACCCACCUUGAUGAUGAUAUCAUGGCCCUCAUGAGAAAGAGAGUUGUUGAUAUGGUAGGCUUUCUAGGCAUGACCGUACAGGUUAUGUUUAAUGGCCAGACGGUUCAACGGUUGGAGAGCUUUCCAGAUUCCGUCUAUCCAUAUCUUCGCACUGCUUCCAUAGGCAGAUAUGGACUCCCAAGGGUCUGCCAACGGUUUAAUGAUCAGUUGGAGGUGUGUGUGACUCGAAGUGAAGGAACUUUCCAGCAGGUCAGCUUUGUAAACAAAUUUGCAACUACUGAAGGGGGGACUCAUGUAGAUUAUGUGUCACACAAGAUUGUUGCCGGUGUUGUGAGGAUCUGUAACAAGCACUUCGAGAUUGAAGAGUCAGAGGUUAAGAGACAUUUAUGGGUCUUCAUUAAUGCGGUCAUCGAUAAUCCGAGUUUCAAUUCACCGACCAGGGAUGCCUUGGCCACUCCUCAAGAGAGCUUUGAUUCAAGCUGUGAGCUUUCUCAUCAGUUUCUCAGCAAUGUUUUUCAGUGCAUCAUUGGCGGACUAUCUCCCCAUACCUGGAAUGGAUCAUCAGAAGAUAAGAAGGCUCAGGAAGAAAAGAGCGCUCAUCAGCGCAAGAAAGCAUCAGUCUGAGAUAGGCUAUUGUGGUUUGAGUUGUUAGGAGAUCAAGUCAGUAGGUUGGUUAUCUGAUGGAUGGAUUAGAGGUGGUAUUAGGUAGCCGGCUAUAUAAUGCCAGGCCUGGAGAUGAAUGGUGCAAGGAUUAAUUCAGCAGAUGAGUGCUGUCCUUGCAUAAACAUUGUUAUAUUUUCUGAGGUAUCCAACCAUACAGGACUGUCGGUUGCAUGCAAUUGAACGAGAUAAAUCAUAAAUCUGCAGUGCAA